AUGGACAGGUUGCAUUCCUCCAUGCGUAAAAGGCUCUACAGCUUGCCACAGCACAUCGGGCAGAAAGCUUCGAUCAUGGGUGAUGAGGAAGACAGCGACAAGGACACCCGGAGGAAGAGCAUCAGGAUGAAGCCCCUGCCUUCGCCGACCUCUGGGGGAAGCGUCAAAGGCAUUGGGGAGACCAAAAGCGGAGAUUCGGUGAUCAUGGAAACGGACAUUGGGAGACCGGUGAAGACCAGCUCUAACGGGGAUUGCCGGAGGUUCAGGGGCAGCCUGUCGUCCAUCACCAGUCGGCAUGUCCACGACCAGGACUCGGCGGAGGAGAGGCGCCUUAUCACGGAGGGAGAUGUUACCCCGAGUGAGGAGAGUCCCCCCGGAGCAAUUGGAGGGGAAGCGGACCAAGGUGCGCAAGGCGGCGAGGCUGCUGGGAGCACCACUGGCGCAGCCCAGCACAGCUCUCCCGACCAGCAGUCGGCAUUCAUAAAGUUGGAUUGUAUCGAGCAAAUUUUACCGGAUGACGAAAGAUAUUAUCAAGCGGGCUUCAUGCACCGGCAGUUCGGGGCAAUGCUGCAGCCAGGCGUCAACAAGUUCUCUCUACGGAUGUUUGGAAGUGAAAAGGCUGUGGAGAGGGAACAGGAGCGGGUUAAAUCCGCCGGAUUUUGGAUAAUUCACCCGUACAGUGAUUUCAGGUUCUACUGGGACUUGACCAUGCUGCUGCUGAUGGUGGGCAACCUGAUCAUCAUUCCGGUGGGCAUCACGUUCUUCAAAGACGAGCACACGCCGCCCUGGAUCGUCUUCAACGUGGUCUCGGACACCUUCUUCCUCAUGGACCUAGUUCUCAACUUCCGUACGGGCAUUGUCAAGGAGGACAACACAGAGAUCAUCCUGGACCCGCAGCAGAUCAAGAUCAAAUACCUGCGCAGCUGGUUCGUGGUGGACUUCAUCUCCUCCAUCCCCGUCGACUACAUCUUCCUCAUUGUGGAGACGCGCAUCGACUCCGACUUCUACAAGACGGCCAGGGCAUUGCGCAUCGUGCGGUUCACUAAGAUCCUGAGCUUGCUGAGGCUACUGCGGCUGUCCCGCCUCAUACGCUACAUCCACCAAUGGGAGGAGAUCUUCCACAUGACGUAUGACCUGGCCAGUGCCAUGGUGCGCAUAGUGAACCUGAUCGGCAUGAUGCUGCUGCUGUGCCACUGGGACGGCUGCCUCCAGUUCCUGGUGCCCAUGCUGCAGGACUUCCCCCCGGACUGCUGGGUCGCCAAGAAUAAGAUGGUGAACAACACGUGGGGGCAGCAGUACUCGUAUGCCCUGUUCAAGGCAAUGAGCCACAUGCUGUGUAUCGGGUACGGCAUGUACCCGCCGGUGGGCAUGACGGACGUCUGGCUGACCAUCCUCAGCAUGAUCGUGGGCGCCACCUGCUACGCCAUGUUUGUGGGCCACGCCACCGCGCUCAUACAGAGCCUGGACUCCUCGCGCAGGCAGUACCAGGAGAAGUACAAGCAGGUGGAGCAGUACAUGUCCUUCCACAAGCUGCCAGCGGACAUGAGGCAGCGUAUCCACGACUACUAUGAACACCGCUACCAGGGCAAGAUGUUUGAUGAGGAGAGCAUCCUGGGAGAGCUGAACGAGCCCCUGAGAGAGGAGAUCAUCAAUUUCAACUGUCGCAAGUUGGUGGCCUCCAUGCCUCUGUUUGCCAACGCGGACCCCAACUUUGUGACAUCCAUGCUGACCAAGUUGCGCUUCGAGGUCUUCCAGCCGGGCGACUACAUCAUCCGCGAGGGCACCAUCGGGAAGAAGAUGUACUUCAUCCAGCACGGGGUGGUCAGCGUGCUCACCAAGGGCAACAAGGAGACCAAGCUCUCAGAUGGCUCAUACUUUGGAGAGAUCUGCUUGUUGACUCGUGGGAGGCGUACGGCCAGCGUGCGUGCGGACACCUACUGCAGGCUGUACUCCCUCUCGGUGGACAACUUCAACGAGGUGCUGGAGGAGUACCCCAUGAUGCGCAGGGCCUUCGAGACCGUCGCCCUGGACCGACUGGACCGCAUAGGCAAGAAGAGCUCCGUUCUCCAGCACAAGGUGCAGCACGACCUGAGCUCGGGUGCCUUCAACUACCAGGAGAACGAGAUCAUCCAGCAGAUCGUGCAGCACGACCGCGACAUGGCCCACUGCGCCCACCUCAUCGGCCAGGCAGGCGCCGCUGCCAACCCCCCGCCCUCCCCGACGCCCGUCAUCUGGGCGCCCCUCAUCCAGGCGCCCCUGCAGGCCGCCGCGGCCACCACGUCCGUGGCCCUGGCCCUCACCCACCACCCGCACCUGCCCGGUGCCAUCUUCCAUCCCCCGGUGUCUGUGCUAGGGGCCAGCGGCUCAUUCAAGGACCAGUCGGCACGCUUCAAGCGGAUGCACAUGAUGGUGCCGUCUCAGUCGGUGGCCUCGGCCGUGUCCGUGGGCGGGGGCAGCAGCUCAGGGGGGAACUCGCCGCAGGGCACGCCGCCCCCCAAGACGCCGGUGCCGAGGUCGGGCAUGGACACGCCACUGCUGGCCACCUUCAGGGCGCACCACAUGACCUCGGUGCCCGGGGCUGCAUCCUCCAUGGGAGCGGCGGCGGUAGGGGAUUACGCUGUGGGUGGGGGUGCUGAGGCUUCAGAUUUUGGGGCAACAGGACAUCAGCAGGGGGUGGUUUCAUCCUCCUCCAGAGCCACACAACAAGGUGCCCAGGGUGGGUCGUCCAUUGCGGGGGGUGGUGGUGGUGGUUUUGCCGCUGUGUGCUCUGAGAGGGGCAGCUCGACCCGAAGCUCCCUGGGGGUGACCGCAUUCCCCUUCGGGCCCUUCUGCUCCGCGGGGUCCCCAUCCUCCAGCACGGCACAGCUACACGCUCCACCACCCUCCCAGCAUCUACUCCCACGUCAGCAAUCGCAACCACAGCGUCCUUCACCCAGCUGCACUCCUCCUCUCAGCGCAGGGCCCUACUCACCACAGCCAGGGGCCGCAGGAGGUGCAGUGGGUGGGAUGGGUGUCUCGGUCUUACCAGGGGUUGCAGUGGGGGGGACGAGCGUUGGGUACGGCGCUGGAGGUCCAGUGAGUGGGACAGGUAUGGGACCUGGAUCAGGGGUUGGGGUUACGGGAACUAUGGGUGCAGUGGCAACAGGGGUGUCUCCUGGGGCUCACUUUGGACUUGGGGGUGGGUGCGUUGUGGGAGUUUCAUCGACUGGUGUGAGGGUGAUGGAGGGGGCUGGCGCGGCCGUAUCCUGCUCCACUAAAUGCAGCCCAGUCUCCUCCAUCACCACCGCGACUUCCUCUUUCUCCAGCCACCCCUCCAGCAGCAGCAGCAGCAAUAGCAGCAGCAGCAGCAGUAGCACUAUCCUUCACAUCCAUCCACACCCACCCAUAUCCAUUAUCCCCACUCCAUCCAAACCUCCACCUCUGGGAUACCAUCAACAGCAGCAGCAGUCCCAGGAACAGCACCAGUCUCAGCAGCAAUAUCAGCAGCAGCCCCAGCAACAGCAGCAGAACUUCUCAGCCGUAGGCAGGACUUCCAGUGGUCUCAACCCCCUCGUCCAUGCUCCCCCCCCUGGUUCACCCUCCUCCGGUAGGAGCCCCAGAAGAGGUGGUGGUGGUGGUCUUGCAGCGCUUGCUGCGUGUGGGAGCAUGGACGGCUCACCACGCUCCUCGUCCUCCUCAUCCUCCUUCACCCUAACGCACCAGCACAGCCUGGGCUCGUAUGGUUCAUCCAGUGCCGCCCCGUCGUCAUCCAUCCCCACGCCGCUGAGCUUCCUGCCCCUUUGUGAGCGCUCAGCCCUGGCCUCUCUGGCCCAGUACGGGUCGGCCAACGCCUCCCCUUGCUUGACCCCGCUGGUCCCCAGCCCCUCAGGCCAGAGCCCCGUCACGGGACGGACUUUCCACUUCAGUGAGCUGUCGGGCAGCAUCCACGGAUCGCGCACCUCCAGCUUGCACGGCUCGCGCUCGUCCCUCAUCCCUACGCCUGUGCCGCCGUGCCCGGGUCCGCUGCCAGGGGGACACUCGGUCGGGGCCGGCACUGUGGGCACAGUUGGCGUGGCGACAGCAGCUGGUAUGGGGGUGGGCAUGGGCAUGGGGGCGGGCAGAGAGUCUCCGCUGGGAUCUCGUUUCUCGGAAGACCUGAGACUGUUGUCAGGGUCCCGUUCCUCCCUUGGCCAGGAGGUGGCGCAAGCUCUGGCCAACUCGCCCCCACCACCCCCGUCACGAGCCACCCCUGAAUUGCCGCACCCGACCCGUAGCACCCCAGAACCACCCUACUGCCUAACGCCCUUCUCCUCCCCCACGCUGCUACCCAGGCCCAGUGUCUCACCCGCGGGCCGUGUGACGCCCCCUUUCGUGUCGGCACUAGGGGGCGGUGUCUCUGCUUCUGCUACUGCUGCUGCUGCUGCUGCUGUCCCCUUGAUCCAGACUCACUCCUCAAGAGCGUCCUCUCCCGCCCCCGUCGUCCCCCUCCGCAGGGGGUCGUCACUCACAGGUGCCCCGCCUGAGUUUGAGCCGCCCCGCUCCAAGCUUCCCUCCAACUUGUGAGGCUGUCAAUCACACCCUCCUGUUUGUCCUCCUCCUCCUUCCGCCCCAGACUCUCCGCAAAAACAGCAAGAACAACAAGAACAACAAACACACCCGUGAAUGACUCGACUCAACCGUGCUAGCAGUCUUUCCCGUGUGAAGGUUUUACUUUCUUCUCCUCGCUAGAGUAGUCUGCACUGUGUUCCUCCCUUAACAAUUACAUAUUGUUUCAAAAUUUUAUUGAUAUCUUCCUGUGAGUUACAAUUUUAAAAAACAAACAAACAAACAAGCUGAAGCAUACAUAUGGCUCGGCCAGGUAUCUUAGAUCUAGAUUUCUCCUUCAUUGAUUUUUGCGUCUUUUCAUCUUGCGUUGCAUUAUUAUUAUUUUUUAAUUCACAUAUGUAUACGUAUCAAUCUCGCUAUAUAUACAUAGAUAUAUUUAAAAGAUGUGUUUAAUUGCUUAUUUCGGAGGGUGUGAUGUUUCACAAGACAAGGAGGGACUCUUGUGUUCUUUCUAAACUAUGCCAAAAUCAUUUGGAUGGGCUCUACUUUACUAAUGUGAGGGGACAAUAUUGUGGCUCUGUGCGAACGCAGGAACCUAUGCAUUCAAAAAAACCUGCAUGGCAACAAACAACUCUCCACCUGGUGUUGGCUGCAGCUGAAAAACAAACUUGACUUUAUCUUUUUUAAGGAUUGCAGAAUAGAAGACAAAGGAAUCAAGAACAAAAUCAAAAUAAGAAAACACUCUUGCUCGGGACAAAGAACGAAUUCUACUAUCUCCUUCAAUCAACAAAGGUCACAUAUUGUCGACCCCACGUACUGUAUCCAAUUAGAUUGUACUUACCUGUUUAUUCAUUCUAUACACUUUUUGUUGUGCGAAAACCCUCUCAUCUCCCUUUCAAGAAGAGAUUUUAGGAAACCAAAAAAAAGAAUCCCUAUUUCCUCUGAAGAGACCAGGGAGGCUCCUGUCAGUGGCCAUGUUUGAUAUUUUCUAUUGUAGAACUGAAGAACUGAGGGAGAGUGGUGGGAUGGGGGGGUCCUAACCUUCUGUGUUUAAG